AUGGGCGGUGCUGUCGAUCCCAAGAACGGCCACUUCAUUGGCAACUGGGGCGAGUUCGGUUGCCCGACUCCCCAGCGCAUUGCGACCUACACCCUCUCGGCUAACCGCCAGCGCCCCUUCGCUGGUGCCUUCAACGCCGCUAUCUUCAACUCUUUCCGUCGCUUCCGCCACCAGGUCCUCUACGUUGUUCCUCCCUUCGUGGUCGCCUACGCCGCCAUGAACUGGGCCGUUGAGCACAACGAGUACCUCAACUCCAAGCCCGGCCGUCUGGCUGAGGGUGGUCACGAGUAA